UUCUCUUUGUUAAAGCCAUCCACGUGUGGUGUUUCUGUUAUAGCAGCACUAGAUAGUCUGUGGCACCUUUUUUUUUGAUGUAAACCAUAGAGAUCUGACACUGUUCGGGAAGCUAUCACUAGAAUUUAUUGAGAACUUGCCAUGUGCCAAAAACAGCCUAAAUGCUUUACGAACAUUAGUUGUUAUCCUUCAAUAGCUUCUCUAGGAAAAUGUCAUUAUCCAUCAUUUUACAGAAAGCAAACUGAGGCUCAGAGUGGUAAAAUCACACCUAGCUUAGAUUUCAAACCUGGGCUAUCUGAUUUUCCAAACCAUUUCCCCUACCUCCAAAAUAAAUACCAAAAGUAAGGCCUUUCUAACAUUAGUACUUUACUGAAGGAAAGAGACAGUAAGCAAAGAAAGUUUAAAUCAAGACCUUUUGGAAAAGGUAGCUCCACAGCGGUAAUUCUGAGAGAAGCAGUGAAAUAUAAAAGCCCAAACUCUGCCACUUUAUGUCUUUUGAGAGAAUUAGUCCUAGGAAGGUAAAUAUGACCAAACCUAGAGGAAGGCUAGUUUUUCUUAAAGCCAGUGCAUUCACUUUGUAAUGAAAUAAUGCAGGUGGAUUGCAAAGAAAUAUAAUAAUUAAGAGCCCUGUCAAUAGAAUAAAUCCUUCUGGGGGAAUUUCUGAAAAUAAGCAGAAUCAUGUGACUGAUCUGUUUAUUUCAGUUGUUACCGCUGACCAGAUUGGGAAGAACUUUGUAACUUCUUCAAUAAUUAAUCGGAGUUGAACCACGAAUGGUAAUAAAUUAACUCAGACCAGAAGACCAAGUCUGUAAAAGCUGAUUCCACCUGAUAUUGUAAAUUUUACACUGUAAACGACAGUUAAAGGUCACUGACUGUCUAGUUACUUUUGAAGGAAAAACAGAUGUUGAUAAAGAUGGGAUUCAAAAUCAAUUUUUUAAGAAGACAUGGAAAAGCACUUUCCUGAAAACUGUUGUAAUGACAAACAAAUGAGCACCUCUCCUCUUUGUCUGCCUAAUAUCCUAUGCAUACCUCGAUUGUGAUGUUUAUUAUAAUUAUCAGUUGACUCAUCUGUUACUCCCAACUUUAUCAGACCAUGAGAGCUUUUGAAAGCAAAUAUUGUUUGCUGCUUACUAUCAUUGCUUAGUAUCUAAUAAUAGUAGUUUUGGAAAAAUUCUUGUUGAAAGAGGAAGAGGAGGAGGGAGUUAAAGAUCCUCAUGGAAUAAAUCACAUUGUUGAAUGUUUGGCUUAUGUUGGUCUAACAGUUUUUCCUUUACAUUUUAUUUUAUUGUUUGUUAUAACUCAAAACUGUUGAUUUUAGGUUGUGCUCAUCAUGUGCCCUAUUACAUGUUCUUGUUACAGAUAGACUAUUUGUUUGGGUUUGUAUUAUCAAAGGGAUUACAAUUGUCAAGAUAAUAUACCUAAUAAGGACUCUUCUUUUAGUCAUUAAAGGUGGAAAGAGAGAAGAUCAAGGUUACGGUCAGGAAGUAGGAGGUGUGUGUCAAUUCUCUACAGACACACAUUUGUUCAUUCUUUUUGAAUCUUUGUCUGUACUCUGGGACGAGUAAAGAAACUUCAGCGUCAAGCAAUUGGCCUGGCACACCUUCAAGAUAGCCCCAGUACAGGCCUUGGACCUUGUGGAUGGAUUUUGGUGGCUGUGUCAUUCUUAUUCACAAUUAUAACUUUCCCAUUAUCAAUAUGGAUGUGCAUAAAGAUCAUAAAAGAAUAUGAAAGAGCCAUCAUCUUUAGAUUGGGUCGCAUUUUACAAGGAGGAGCCAAAGGACCUGGUUUGUUUUUUGUUCUGCCGUGCACUGACAGCUUCAUCAAAGUGGACAUGAGAACUAUUUCAUUUGACAUUCCUCCUCAGGAGAUCCUUACCAAGGAUUCAGUGACGGUCAGUGUGGAUGGUGUGGUCUACUACCGCGUUCAGAAUGCAACCUUGGCUGUGGCAAAUAUCACCAAUGCUGACUCAGCAACCCGUCUUUUGGCACAAACUACUCUUAGGAAUGUUCUGGGCACCAAGAACCUUUCUCAGAUCCUCUCUGACAGAGAAGAAAUUGCACACAACAUGCAGUGUACUCUAGAUGAUGCCACUGAUGACUGGGGAAUAAAGGUGGAACGUGUGGAAAUUAAGGACGUGAAACUCCCUGUGCAGCUCCAGAGAGCUAUGGCUGCAGAAGCAGAAGCAGCCCGGGAGGCCCGAGCCAAGGUCAUUGCUGCUGAGGGAGAAAUGAAUGCAUCCAGAGCUCUGAAAGAAGCCUCUAUGGUCAUCACUGAAUCUCCUGCAGCUCUCCAGCUCCGGUACCUUCAGACACUGACCACAAUUGCUGCUGAGAAAAACUCAACGAUUGUCUUCCCUCUGCCUAUAGAUAUGUUGCAAGGCAUCGUAGGGGCAAAACACUGAGCCACACAGGCCAAGGCAGAGAUGAGUCUCCCCUGCAAAGGAUGAAGUAGGGUACCAAAUUAGCCUUUAACCCAUAAGGAGAGAGUAGGGCAGGGAAAUUUGAAUUUUCUCCCUCUCUUUCCUUUUCCAUAUAUUGAGUUUGGUGUUCUUAGAAUGUAUAAUCAUAAAAACAGAUGAAAGAAUUUUUAGCUUGUAAAUACUGAGAGAGAGAGAGAUUGGUGAAUUAGACAUCUCUUGCUCUUCAAAAUAUGUAAAAGUUCUUAUUUUUAGAUCAUUAUGUGGUAGGUUAAAUCCCUCUUCUUUUGGCUUCCAUUGAGUCAUUCUUCACCCUGUGUCAGCAGCCAGGCCAAAGGCAAGAACAGAGGCUUUAAGCACCACCUGACACUCCUAGCUGGAUAGAUGCUCUGCAGAAAGCUAUCGCCUUAUGCUGCAACCUGCUUCUCCGGGCCGUAUGUGCCUUACUUCCAGGGAACCUUAAUUGAAGGAAAUGUCCUCAGUGUCUGUUUUCUUUUUGAACCCAAACCAUGUUUCAAAAUAAUCCCCACCUGAGAGUAGGCAUUUUCUUGCCUGGACCUGUCAGCAUUAGAGGAAAUGGUCAAGACUUACAAAAACAUUACCCUAACCCUUCAAAGACCUUCAAGCCUACUAUUACAGAGUUCCUUUUUAAAAUAAUGUAUGUAUCUUUUUUUUUUUUUAAACUUUUUUGAGCCUCCUUUUUGAGUAAAUGAUUCCUCUGUGGUCUGCCUUUCAAACCAGCUAAAUUCUUGUCCCAAAGUGCUUGUUUCUCACUUUUGCCUAUUUUCGUAUAUCAGGUUUUAAACAGUUUUGAUUUUUUAAAUAAAAUUUUCUCAAAUUUCUAUAAACAGUUGUUUGUAUACCCAUUUGAAUAGCUCAAGAACUAACAUACUUUUAAAUAUCUUCAAAAAACCAUUAUAUUUUACUGUCUGCAUGCUAUUAACUAUUGUACAUUGAGAAAUAUGUUGGUUACCAACUCAUUCAUUAAGUAAUAUAAGGAAUUCACAAUAUAUUGAGCACAUGGUGUCUAAUUAGCUUGAAUAGAUGCUGUCAAACUUAGGAUAUCUAUAUAGAUUCAUAGAUUUUUUUUUUUUUUUUAAAUCCCAAUCUGCAGGUAAAGAUAGAAAAAGAUAGUAAGUCAUUUUCUCUCAUGUAUGUUGAUGCUGAAAGAGGAAGAAGUGGUCAGCUUCUCUGGAUUGCCAUUUCUUAGUCUGUAGUAUUAGGAAGCACCUUCCAUGUCACAAAUGCCUGUAAUUUGAGCAACCUGGCAUUCUUCCUGUUGGUCCAGAAAGCUGGCUGGUGGUGACAGUUGUAAUACUUCCUCUUUGAGGCUCUGCAUUUACCUAGAGAAGUCUAAGAAUAGUGGCUUCCUUACCUAGAGCCACCUUCCCCAUCUAUCCUUAGCUAGAUCACUCUCUGUCAAUCCCAGUCUAUAAGUGUCCCCUCCCCCGCACCCCAUUCAUAAGCUUGUUUUAGAAAGCGUGAACCACCCUCUCUUCAUAUAUCCAGAUCCCCAACUGAGUUUAUUGAAGGUAUAUGGAGCAUUUUGACUGAGAACUCAAGUUGCAUUUAUAUUUUGAAUUUUAAGUGAUAGUUUUUUCUGUUUUGUGAAGUGCCUCACCUUGACUACUGAUGACCAGGAAACAACCCCAUAUCCUGGUUGAAAAUCUCUUCUCAGACAUAGAGUAACAAUGCUUUUGGUUCCUUGAGUUUGUGUAUCUCCAGAUACCAAACCACCUUUGCCUUCUUGCCUUGUGAAUCCAUAGCCCAAUAGGUUGGCAUUAAAUUGCUUGGGAGGAAGGAAGCAUAGAAUGAGCUCUAGGAUGAGAGUGUUAGUGCAAGAGUCUUUUUCCAAGUGGCCUCCCUUUCUAAUGGCAUCCCAUAAAAUAAUAAAGUAUGUACUUUUACUAA